CACAAACUUCAAUGAACACAAUGUUCACCAUCACUGAUGUCAUGCCUUUUACUAGUUACACUUGUAAUCUGUCAUUCAUUAAUGUAGUAGGAGAAGGACCCUCUACCCAGUGUACUUUUGAAACAGCUCAACAUACACCUGAUGAUGGACCACAUAACUUUACUUCUUCCCCAACAAUGACAACAGUUACAUUUACAUGGAGCAGACCAUCAAUACCUAAUGGAAUAAUCACUGAGUAUAAACUCAGGGUUGCAAACAUUGAGACAAAUAAUAAUACAGUUCACAGCAUACCUGCAUCUCCUGGUCAAACUGGUAUAAUGUACACUUUUGAUGUGAAAGGAUUCUUCACUGCUUAUAAUAAUUACACUGCCACUGUUACUGCUAGUACUGUCAUUGGGUUUGGGCCUUUAUCUAAUACUAGGGGAAGAACACUACCAGACAUGUCUAGUCCUCCACUGUUAAAUACAAGGAGUUUUACUAUAUCAAAUACAGAAUUCACUACAUUAGAAUCAAUUGAUAAUCACACCAUUAAUGUUACAUGGUUCCCUCCUACUACACCAAAUGGACACAUUAUGAACUAUAUUAUUGAUGUUAAUGAAUAUAGUGGAACAAACUUGAUAAGACGUACAGUGACUGAUGUUAACAUGGAUAAGUUUACUGAAUUAAUUUAUAAGACAUUGUUAAGUAAGUACUAUUGUAUGCAUCAUUAUUUUUUGGACAAAUCAGUAGCCAUGAAACAUAGCUAUUACCGGUAA